AUGCGGUGGCUCCUUCCCACACUAAUAACGCUCCCGUUGGUCCAAGGCGUCUGGGACACAACACCAACCGAGGCGCGGGGCGGCUGCCCGUCGGUCUACGUCUACGACCUGCCGCAGCUCUGGGACGUGCGCGUGCCCCUCGACGAGCUGCGCAACGUGAGCGGCAAGUUCGUCUUCGGCCGCCCCUGCGACGGCGGCAUCCCCGAGGAGUUCGACACCGAUCAGUACGCCAUGCCGCUCAUCGUACUCUGGCGCCUGCUGCGGUCGCGGCGCUGCCCGCGCGCGUUGAAUCCGGAAACCGCGGACCUGUUUUUGGUGCCGACGUGGCCGGGCCGGUCGAAGCAGCCCUGGCACCCGGUCUGCAGCCAGCGGGCCAACGCCGAGGCCAUGGAAACCCUCGCGCACCUCAGUGCGACGACGGCCCACCGCCACUUCUUCCUCGUCGGCAAGGGCCACGUGAAGCCCAACAAGUGGUGCGACGCGUGGUGGCGGGCCCCGGCGGGCCUGCUGCGGCGCGCGAUGCGCUUCGCCUACUCGAGCGGCUACGCCAUGGUGCCGGGCAAGAACCGCACGGGCUACGGGCCGAAGCGCCUCGACGACGACGCCGUCGCGGCGGCGAUGGCCGCCGACGCCGCGAGCGACGACGGCGACUACCCCCACCUCCACAGCGUGCCCUACGCGUCGUCCAUCCACGGCACGCACCGCCGCGGCGCGCGGCCCUGGGACCGCGCCGACGGCGCGCCGUCGCGGUUCUUAGCGGCCUACGUGGGCACGCCCCACGCGGACAUGCCCUUCGCCGCGGCGCGCGCGCGGCUCGCCGCAGAGUGCGCCGCGGACGGCGCCUGCGGCGGCAUGGACGUCCGCGCGGCCAAGGAGACGGUCAGGGCGGCGCCGCGCCACUUCUGCGGCCUCAACGCGUCGACGCGCGCGGCGACGUUUUGUUUGGAGCCCGGCGGCGACAGCCCCUACCGCAAGGGCUUCUACGACGCCAUGCUCACGGGCUGCGUCCCCGUCGUCUUCGGCCUCUACAACGCGCGCGUCGCGCCCUGGUUCGUGCCCCGGAACGCGCUCGUCGUCGUCAACGAGACCGCGUACCUCGGCGGCGCGUUCAACGUGCUCGACCUGCUCCGCGCCGUGCCGCCCGCGCGCGUCGCCGCCAUGCGCGCGGCGCUCCGCGACGGGGCCCACAGGCUCCAGUACGCCGCCGCGGACGCGCCCGGCGACGCGUUCGAGACGCUCCUCCGCGGCGCGUUCGACGCGGCCAAAAAGCGGCACCGGGACCUCGGCCUCCCCCUCGUGCCCUGGGCCGUGCUCGCCGUCGCGCUGGGCUGCGGCGUCGUCGCCUUCUUCUUCCAGCUCUGGCUCGAGAGCGCCCUCGAGCGCCUCACGGAGGCCCAGCGGACGCGCGUGCGGUCCCUCGCGGCGACGACCUUCAUCUUCGCCGUCGUCGCCGUGCGCAUCUACCGCGACUACGCGCUCGCGCACGCGCACCGCGGCCACAACGUCGACGACGACGCCUGCUGCGACGACGACGGCGACGGCUACGCGCGCUACCGCCGCUACAACCUCUCGGACGCGCGGAAGCGCGGCAUCAAGGACGACUUCAUGGCGCGGUCCUGGAUGCUGCGGCACAACAAGCCCAUGCGCGGCGACGACUGGGUCAUCGAGAACUGCACCUACGGCAACUCCGUGCGGCGCGGCGCGUACCGAUCGUUCGCGGCCGCGGAGAGGCCCGCGCCCGCGCCCAAGAAGCGGCGAAAGCGCGUCGCCGCGCCGGUGAUCAACUUCGUGCACGUCGGCAAGGCCGGCGGCGGCACGGUCGUGCGCUUCCUGGAGGACAACGGCCUGAGCUUCAACCACUUCCACGCGCGCGCGCGGCGCCGUCCGAAAAAACGCGCGCGACGCCGACGGCCCCGCAGGUGCCGGACCGGCCCGGCCCGUCGACGCCGGGCCACCACUACUUGA